CCCACAUGCUGCUUUACGCAAGAGCUGUGCUGGAAGUAGACUCUGCCCGGGUGGCUGCCACCAGCCUGGCCCUGGCCAAAGGGCAGGCACAGCCCCUGUGUAAAGGCAGCUGUGCUGGGGCUCUGGCUCACAGCUGUGCUGGAGCUGAGCAGAGGACAUGCUGGUGGGAAAGGACAUCCUGGAGUGGAGAGAAGCAGGAGAUCACCCCUGCUCAGGGCUCGAUUCUUCCUCCCCCGCAGGCUGGACUGUCCUUCUUGCAAAGAUGGAUUACGCCAAGUCCCUGAGCCUGCGCCUGGCUGCCCCUGUCUCCAAAUGUGUCUCGGCAAGUGCCUCCAUGACCCAGCAGCUGUUGUCAAGCCCAGCCCCACGGCCCCGACCCUUCCGUGUCUGCAACUGGGACCGCAGUCUGCGGAAAGGCAUCAUGGCACACAGCCUCGCUGAGCUGCUGCGCCAGGCUCAGAGCGCCCUGCUCGCCCCGGGUCCUGUCUCGCUGGUGCUGGAUGAGGAUGGAACUGUAGUGGAGACAGAGGCUUUCUUCCGGACGCUGGAGGAGGGCACGGUGCUGAUGGCACUGAGCAAGGGACAGACCUGGACCGCCUCGAAGACGCCUGGCUACCAGCUAAGCCUGUCCCGUAAGCCCCCUCGGAGGAUCGAUGUUGCCUGUGUCACAUUUGACCUCUACAAGACCAACCCACGGGACCUGGGCUGCCUCAACGUCAAAGCCACACUCUACGGCACCUACAGCAUGUCCUAUGACCUGCGCUGUUACGGGGCCAAACGGUUGAUGAAGGAAGCCCUGCGCUGGACGCUCUUCACCAUGCAGGCCACCGGCCAUGUCCUGCUCGGCACCUCCUGCUACAUGCAGCAGCUCCUGGAUGCCACGGAGGAGACGAAGGAGACAGAGAGCAGCCCAGCAGUGCAGAGCCUCCUGCCCUGCAGUCUCCCACCCUUGCCCCGCAGGAAGACGCUGCAGUGAGGGUCGGGUGCCCUGUUCCCUCUCCUCUGUCACUCCCCCAAUCCCUGGGGGUCCUAGCACCCUGUUAGGUCAAUGCCAGGGGAAGGCUGCCACGGUGCCUGGCACAGCCUCUCCUUGCACCUUGCUGGCUGAGCACAGCCAGCUCUUCUCUGUAAUAUCUAUUACUCUGUAAAUAUAUUUAUUUAAGUAAAGCUCUACUGACUUUAA